GUCCAUGUUUUUCUGGAGAGAGUGACGCAUCUUCACCUGUUUUCUUCGGCUUGGGUAACAGGAAGCUUCGGCGCUAUCAGUCUGUCGGUUAACUAGUCUCUUAAAGAAGUUUAAAUCCAGCUGAGCUGGAGUCGGUUGUUGGUUGUGAAGAAAACGUGGAGGGAGGCUCGCUAAGAUGUUCAGGGCUAGCGGCAUUUUGAAGUCGGCGGCGCUCAUCUUAGCGUUCCUCCUUGCUGUCUUUCUGGCUUUUCAGCUGCUGGAGAUAAACGUGGAAUUCAAACUAGGCAGCGUGAUGUCCAGAUCUUUGCCAGAAAGUGAAGCUCACACAAAGCCAGCUGUGCAUAAAUGUGGACUUUCCAAGGCGUGUCCACCUGGACACAUGGCCUUCAAGCUGACCAGCGGAGCUGCCAGUGUGGUCGGCCCCAGAAUGUGCCUAGAGGACAAACUAUUAAUGAGCAGUGUAAAGAACAAUGUUGGGAGAGGGAUCAAUAUCGCCUUGCUCAAUGGAAAAACAGGAGAACUAAUAAAGACAGCUUAUUAUGACAUGUGGGCAGGAGACGUGGCUCCAUUUAUUAAAUUUCUCAAAGAAAUUGAAGAUGGGACAAUCGUAAUGAUGGCUUCAUUUGAUGACUCAGCAUCAAAACUCAAUGAUGAAGCCAGGAAGCUGAUUGCAGAUCUGGGCAGCUCGGCUGUGGGGAACCUGAGCUUCCGGGACAACUGGAUCUUUGUAGGAGGGAAAGGCAUCAAGACCAAAACCCCAUUCGAACAGCACAUAAAGAACAGUGCCGACACGAACAAAUACGAGGGCUGGCCCGAAGUCUUGGAGAUGGAAGGCUGCAUACCGCAGAGGCAGACCUGAUCCCACUGGUGUAGUUUCACCUGUUCAGCCAGUCUGUCCUGCUGUCUCAGUUCGGAUUGGUCAGAUGUCUUUCCAUUUGAACCUAAAGCAGAUUUGGACACCGCUUUUCAGUUUGAAAAAGAGUAAUAAACUACAGAGCGGGAGAAUAGACGCCUUCACCGUCUUGCAUCUUUGUUAUAGAUGGAUGCUUUAAAUGGGACGGAAAAUAAAAGUGCAGUGAAGCAAAUUGGUUCUGUUAUUCUCAUCACACUUCUUAUAUUUAGAGCCCAAAGACCUGGCGUUGCUAGACUGUUGAGGUUUUGCACUGUUCAUUAAUUAGUGUCACUGCCUAUUUUUUGUAGUUAGGAGCUAAACUUUCUAUAUUCUACAAGCUGCC